AAUUUGGGGGAAAGUUGAAUGUGGAAAUGUGGUGAUACAGAAGAGUGGAGAGUGGGUUGAAGUGUUGUUGUGCGAAGAAGAAGAGGAAGAGGAAGAGGAAGAGGAAGAGAAUGAGUCAGUCAACACACACACACCAAAGGCUCUAUGAUUUUGCGAAAAUGGCUCUCAUCAACAUCUUCGCUCAUCCCUACGCAACGGUCUGUGACUUGUAUUGCGGAGAUGCUGAUGCUGAUAAAUGGGUCGACGCGCAAAUUGGCCACUACAUUGGAAUUGACGCGUCUUCGUCUGGAAUUGAGCAAAUGCGAGAAGCUUGGGAGAGUCACAGGAAAUCUUACACUGCCGAGUUCUUCCAGGUUGAUCCUUGCGCGGAGAAUAUAGAAACGCGUUUGGAGGAGAAGACCAGUGUGGCUGAUGUUGUCUGCUGUUUGCAGCAUUUGCAGUUGUGUUUUGAGACUGAAGAGAAAGCACGGAAACUGCUGCAGAAUGUGUCUUCUCUGCUGAAACCUGGGGGCUAUUUUCUUGGUAUUACUCCUGACUCAUCUACCAUAUGGGCCAAGUACCAGAGGAAUGUUGAAGCCUAUCACAACAAAAGCAGCAGCAUGAAGCCAAACAUUGUUCCCAACUGCAUCCGGACAGAGAAUUACAUGAUUACUUUUGAAGUUGAAGAAGAAAAGUUUCCUUUAUUUGGAAAGAAAUACCAGUUAAAAUUUGCUAAUGAUGUCUCUGCUGAAACCCAUUGCUUGGUUCAUUUUCCAAGUUUCAUCAGGUUGGCAAGGGAAGCUGGCCUUGAGUAUGUGGAGAUUCAAAACUUGACCGAGUUUUAUGAUGACAACAGAGCACAAUUAGCAGGCCUGCUAACGCACUAUGUUCCAAACCUCUUGGAUCCUAGGGGGAGACUUCUACCUCGUUCAUAUGACGCGCUAGGUCUCUACACCACAUUUAUAUUUCAAAAGCCUGACCCGGAGAUUGCACCUCCAAUUGCAACUCCACUCUUGCCGGAUGCUAGUUAUAAUCACGAUGAGCAGGGAAUCAGCUGGCGAGAAGACGAAAUAAUAAAUAUAGAACCUGCUAUUGGGCUGGGCAAGAUAAGCGAACAAAAGGGGAUAUUGGGCCCUGGCCCUGCAGAUUUACGUUUUCCAGAAGCACUUUGAAUGUUAGGAAUUCAUAUUCACUGCAAAAUCAUGGUGAAAUCAAUACGAAAUUAACUAUUUGUUGUUUCAGAAAAUCACAGCUAGUUACACUUACUGUGUUACCAAACAUGCAAUGCACUGAAGCUACAGGUUUAGGUGAUUUUGUUGUUUCUGAUGCAAUUAAUAUUUUACUAGCAAAUGGCAAGCAAAAAACAAAAAAGGCAGAUAGGUGUUAACUUCUUUUUUAAAUGGUAAAGGUUAGGUUUGGUUGUUUUCA